CUUCUGGAGUAAAAUUAGAAAUUAAAUCGUUCUGCCGGAGCAAAGCCGGAGACAAAACAGGUGAAACGAAGAAUGCAGUUCCUCUUGGUGACGUCUACGGUACUGGUGAACACAGUAAGAAGCGAGCAAGAAACCCGGCUUGAGAUUUUGCGCAAGGAAAAAUUAAGUGCAGUUUGCUGAAGUGUCCCGACCCCCAAUAUGGACUGGCGUUGGUGUUAGUUCAUAGACUCCGUUUCAGCUGUGCAAAGAGAAAUACUGAUCUUGAUUGAUAACCACGGGCUGAUAAGGCUGUUGUUGGCUGAACGUUAGACAAUCAUUAAAACAGUUUUUAAUUGUAAAUGCUGACUGGGUAUUGUGGGUUGGCCAUUCAACACCCAAGGGUCAGAGGAUUGCGACCGCUUCGAAGACGGGGUGCCCCUGGAAUGGAGAGCGAGGAGUGGGACUUCUUGAAAAGCGUGGUCCACAGAGCCCGCAGAAGAUAUUUGAACCUUGAGUCCCUGUACAUGGAGAUGAAGAAUGCCUCCGUUCUGGUCAAUCAGGUCGUGUUCUUCAGCCUAUGCGAACGCAUAUUCCUUCCGCCGAGCCAGCGAAUGUCAAGUUCUUUACACCUUGAUGUUUUUUUAAACGUCAUCGCCUAUUGCGUCAGUUAUGUCAAGGAACUCAUAGAACGGGAGGACUGGUCCAUGUACGUAAACAUCGCCCGCACCUCCAACGUCCGCCAUCUGGCCCUCUCCACCACCAAGAUAGUCCUGGAGUGGACAAAAGCAGUAACGUUUAUCAUCACCGUAGUCUGCAUGCUUCUGGUCUUCGGCCUCGAGAAAGGCCUGAAGAACUACAUGCCCACCACCACCUAUCUUCUCAUCACGGGCUUCUACUUCCUGAUGACGGAGAAGGUAUUCAUAGAGAUGCUCUUCGCCUGGCUGGACAACAAGAAGUUCGACUACUUCGAGGGGAUGGAGACUUUCUACUGCCCGGCUCUGCUCCUCACCCUGCAAAUCACGCUUUCCUCCCUGUUCGUCUUCCUCUGCUUCGUUUGCGGGAACUUCAGGCUGGCGGUCCUCUCCAGUUUCACAAACGUCCGCGUCAAAUACCGAGAACUGCGAGACAGGUACCUCCUCCCGCUGAGCAAGGAACUGUCGAAGCUGUCCUGUUACAGGAUGGCCACGCCUUCGGAGAUAAGAGGACAUGACGACGUGUGCGCCAUCUGUCUGACGGCGAUGAGCUGCGCGCGCAUCACGCCUUGUCAGCAUUUUUUCCACGCGGAUUGCCUAAGAAGGUGUCUUAAAGAAUCCUAUAAGUGUCCCAUAUGUCAGUAUGAUUUGCAUAAGUCACAGUCCAUCGUCAUCAGGGAAUAAUAUACCGAAACAUUAUCCCUGUGUCAUGAUAAGCCAUAGGUUAGUUCUUUUAUUUCACGUCAAAAUAUGAUUAACGUUUACAUUAAUUAGUGUUAUCACUCCAUGUACAUAAUUCAUAAAUUACUGUGCAGAAAUCUAUUCAGAUGAAUGUAACACCCUCUCGUCAUCUUGUCUAUAAUAAACAUAUAGUCCCACUU